AUGUCCGACAAGAUUGCAGAUCAUUAUUCAAUUUUGGGUCUUACUUUCGGCGCAAGUCCGGAAGAAGUUAAGAGCGCUCACAAGAAGCUUGCUUUGAAAUACCAUCCAGAUAAGAACAAAGGAGAUGAGAAUACGGCAAAGCUUUUCAUGCAGAUCCAAGAGGCCUAUCAAGCUCUGUCUGAUGAGAAAGUAAGAGAGGCUUACGAU